AUGAAUUCUCUCCGUGCCUGCCAAACGGCCGUGGCCGUGGCAGUGGCCUUUCUAAUGCCGAUAAUAACUGUCGCGAACGCAGCGGCGCAAACAACUGAAUUUGGUGCCCUCCACUUUAUGUUCCCAGUACUGGAUAUGUCUCAUGUGGAAGGAAGUGUCAUUAGUGCCGACUCCACGGCCACCACUAUCAAGAUCGAAUGCCGAUCUGACUUUACCAACAUAUGCACGUCCGCCGGGUAUGUCUUGCCGCAAACUUUCACGACCGGUCCAUCAAAUCAGGGAAAAAGGCUUGACGUGACCGGCUACUUCGCCAAGCAGAUGUGGAUUACGUCUGCUAGUCUUGAAUGCGAUGUUAGAUACACCUCACUCGCUGCCCCUUGUGUCAGAACGACAAGCUCGUUUUUCUCCAGUGGGACGUUCUCCACUACAUCGACAUUGUCCGACUCGCCCACUUUAUCCCCUAAAUUGACAUAUAAAGCCUUGACGGUCAUGUCAGGCUUGGAUAAACUCCGAACUGACUCAACCGGUGUGAUUACUACCACCACAUCCGCUCCAACGGUAACCGUCACAUCUACUACAUCCACCCCAGACAAAUCCGUUUCCUCAUCAUCGGAAGCAUGGAUCGCAGGCCCAGUAAUCGGUGGCGUGGCCGGAGUGGCUUUGGCUGCGGGAUUGGCGUUUUGGUUGAUUAAGCGGAGGCGUAAGGCCAACGCUGGUGCUGAAGACAUUGCGCAUCACGAACUGCCAGCCGAUAAUCAGCGUCCGGAACUUCCAGGAGAGUCUACGCCAGCGGAGCUACCAGGCCAUAAGAUUGAUAACAAGCUGGAGUUGUCGGCUCCGAAUGAUGCUCAUGAGUUAGCGUGA